AUGAGCCGAGAAGUAUUGGCGCCACCAUUACAACGAAUGGACAACAAUCGCUGUUAUCGUGUGAAUUUAAUACAUGAAGACUUUGGUAAUCAACUAGCAGCUAUGCAGCGCAAAGAACAUAAACUUGAAACAACAAAUAGCGAAACUGCAUAUAUGGAGCAAGACUUGUAUGCUGAAGAUGACGAUGAUGAGCAAGAAGAUAGCGAAAAUUUGCAAAUAGAGGAACUUAAAAGCGGUCAUUAUAAGCUGACUAUGCAUGUUGCACAGAGUUUUUAUGGUGGCUUGAUCGGUUUCAAAGGCAGCACGAAACGGCGCAUUGAAUCAGAAACGCGUACAGAAAUUUUUAUUCCACGCGCUAGAGAAGGUCCGAAACAAGUCGAAGAUAUCACUAUAAAAGGUAAAACACGAAUAAACGUUAUGACGGCUCGUAGAAAGAUUAAUUUGCUAAUAGUUUCUCUGCGCAAACGUAUGCGACCAACACAUUUUGCCUGUGUACCAUUAAAUUAUGGUGAAAUAAAGGAGCGAUUCUGUGAAUUUAAGAAAGAACUACUGGAGCUUAAUUUGCCGGGUAUUGAUGAAAUGCUUUUCCAAACAGAGGAGUGCAUACAUUUAACAUUAAGCACAUGCGUAUUGCUAGAUGCCGCUGAGCGUUCUAAAGCUGUAGAUAUAUUACAAAGUUGCAAGGCAUAUCUCUCUGACCUACGAACACCAUUUCAAAUUGAAGUUAGGGGACUGGAAAUUAUGAAUGAUGACCCAAGUGCAGUACGCGUAUUAUAUGCCCGAGUAGAAUCCCCUGAAUUACAAAAAUUUGCUGAUUUGGCACUGCAGCCAUUUUUGCGUAGUGGUUUAGGGUUUGAUGAUUAUGAGCGAGAUAAUGUGAAACUGCAUAUGACUAUAAUGAAUAAUCGGUAUCGCAAACAGUUAGACGCGAAAGCAGCAGGCUCUUUCGAUGCACGUGAAAUAUUAAAACGUUACGGUGAUUACAAUUUUGGAAGAGUGGAGUGUAGUGAGGUCCAUCUGUGUGUGAUGCAUCAUACAUCGGGUGAUGAACAUGGAACAUUCUACAAAAUCACUGGAAGCUUAAAGUUCUAAAUCGAUGCUAAAUCAAUAUUUACAUUUUAUUUUAAUUUCCAAAUAAAAAUGGUCGCGUUCAUCUCAAUAUUUGUUGCUCGACCCCCCCCCCCCCCCCUUUUUGUAGUACUUUCAAAUAUGAAAUCAUUUUAAAUUCAAAUAAAACACAUUUAACCACUUUUUAAAAA